AGCGGAAUCGCCGUCAGUGCCCACUGCGCAAAAGUGUUCUUCCAUCGUCACCACUUGACCCGUCAUCUUUUGGUCCACCUGAGUCGCGAGGAGCGCGCGGAGGUGCGGCAAAGCUGGCGACACGGUUGCUACUUCUGCAGAAAAAGGUUCCAAGUUUCGCCCUAUCUCGAUCGUCAUCUUGCGACCCACACGAAGGAAAAGUUGGGCGGAAGGUGUCACAUUUGUCGCAAAACGUUCUCCUCCAAACAAAAAUUGACCAAUCAUCGGGUCCUUCAUCUCAGCGAGGACGAGAAGGUCGCCCUCGUGAAGCAGGGUUCGGGUCGAGAGUGCUUAUUUUGUCACACGAUAUUCGCCAGCAAUGCCAAUUAUCAUGCUCACCUGGUCUCCCACACGAAGGAGAAACCUUUCCGCUGCAACCAGUGUGGGAAGCUGUUUGGUCGUAAUGGUGCCUUAAAAUUGCACAAGCGCAUUCACAGCGCGAAUCCGCGACCAUUCAAGUGCGACGACUGCGACCAAGCGUUCACUACGAAACACAAUCUGGGCAGCCACAAGAAGAGGGUUCACCGGAAGUUGAAGGAUAUCGCGUGCUCCGAAUGCGGCAAGAAGUUCGGGACGAAGGGUGCCACGGUGGUACAUGUGAGCAGCGUUCAUGCCAAAAUCCGGCACCCCUGCCCCCACUGCGGACACACAUUCACGCAGAAAGGCAAUCUUGGGAGUCAUUUGAGGAAGGUUCACCGUCCAGAAUAAAGUUCUUCAUCCCCCCAAACAACGUCCCAUCAGUGACAACAUGUUUUCCAUAUUUUGUGUAUUUUUGUUAACAUGAUUUCACGAUUUAUUCUUCAAUAAUUAUUCUUAUACUGCUAAUAAAAAUUACAUAAUUGAAUUAUUUAAGUUAUAAAUAUGAUACACUUUUUGUUACCGUUUUGACCAUGAAGAUUUUUAAGUAGUAAAGUCAUUCUCUUUUA